CUAGAGAAAACACAAAUCGUCAAAUUAGAUUCGAGCGCUAUAUAAAUGGACUAUCGAGUCGUGAGCAUAAACAAGUAACGACAUCUUUCAGAGAUUCUCAAUGAAUUAAUAAUUGCACUGCAUACUGUAAGCUAUUAUGUUACACAAUGUACGUGAGUGCAGUGUGUAAAUGGCUCAUGCCAAAAUGCCAAAAAUUGAUAAAUUACUCAAUAAGCUGUUUAAAUGUCUAGGUCGCUCCCCAGCUAAAACUUCUAAGUCCAGGUUAAGCAAGGGUGGUAAGACAGAAUUUACAAAGUCAUAAAAUGUGACAUUUAAGUGUUAGAGCUGUAAGAGGAGUCGUGGUACUAUUAGUUGUGGACUGACAGCUUAGGACACGGCCCCUUGGGCGUAUUUAUAAAUCAAUCAUAUGUCUCUGUUGCCGGGUAUGGCUAUUUUUCAUCUCGACAAAUAUGGUUAUCGUCGAUAAGAACUGUCUUCAGAUAAACUUAUCUUGAUGUACUGCGUACACCACGAAUCAACACCUAAUUUAUUCUGCACAACUAUAGUAUAAAUUAUUAUAGAGGCGUGAAGUGAUAUAUAAAUAUAUAAUAUAUUCCCAGGGCGGUUGGUACAAAAUUAAACCCAUAAUAAAGAAUUAUCAAUGAAAUUGUUUAUUAGACCUUUAAACCAGAUACGUAUGAAACACAUAUAGGUAUAGGAUUUAUUUCAUGUGGCAUCAUGAGCUCCUAAAAGCGCAGCAGAGGUUGUGCACUGAUGGACUGUUUAAUGAGGUAUGUGACCUAUAAGAGACAAAAACACGUGAGGCCGCUUGACUGAGCACAUGCUAUAGUGUUAAAACGGGAAGUCCUCACUUUACAGUCGUAGUAAAUUAGAAAACGGCUGAAUCAAGAUCUGUAUUUCAAUUUAGAGUACACACCCCCUAAAAACCGGAGGCGGAGAUAUACAUGGCUGCCACAAAUCCCUCUGGGUCGUAACCACUUUAUAACUAAUCGCCGAAAUGCUACAACCAAGGAUUGUUUUGGCAAAAGAUGAUUUUGUCUGAUUAAAAAGCCAAGAAGCAAUCCAAGUACAGUAAAGCGCACACUAAUUACCACCUCCAGACGAUAUCUCUAUUUUCUAGUCACUCUAAUAGAGAUUUAAGGUUUACUCAAAAUGUAUCAGCGUCACAUUCCCGUACAAGACGUACUGCUUGAAUCCUAAGGUCGCGGACUGGUGUAAGUGACACUGUUGCCAGCUUUUUCUUUCGUGACUGCUCCAUGAAUUACAUCCUAGACAGCUGGAGCCUUCAUGUUUGAGAAAAGCCGACAGAAGCUCCUAGUUUAGCCUGACUGCUAAGCUCCAAGUUCCCUGCCUCAGGGAGCAGACCUGCUUACAGUCGGAUAUUCAUUAUUAUUCCUCAUCACACCCACAUCUAAUACACGUUCAGAUGCUGCAGACUCUUUUAAAGUUCUCGCUGAACUUGAAAAAUAAGCCAACAACCGGGGAACUUUAUAGUACACUUUGAAAGUGAUAUUUUAUAGUUCCCCUCCCCCAUAAAAUCAUUGGAGAAGUUCAUGCAUUUACUUGUUUAUGGAUCACUAAAUGUUAUUCAUUUUACAGGAGAGAGAGUUCUCUAAAUCUCACUUGCCAAAAUGAAAUUUAGAAAGAAUAAGGAUGAGGAACCCACUGCACCCGGGCAAGUGGCCAUUAAAAAACGAUCAAAGGUCCCGGGCGUUAUGAUCACGCAGUUUGUGGAGGAAAUCCCUGAAGGGAAAAGUCACCCGGACUUCAUUCGCAAACCCAUCGCCUUGACUAUUCAAGAAGGAAAGUUUGCAUUUUUCAAAGCUAUUAUUACUGGAGACCCAACGCCAACUGUUACAUGGGCUCGAAACAAUGGAGAUAUAUCUGAUCCUGAGAGAUAUAUUGCAUCUUAUGACCCAAUAGCAGAUGAGCAUCAAUUACAGAUGCCCAAUGUCGGAGUUGAUCAAGCAGACACCUACAAAUGCUUGGCGAGUAAUGAGUUUGGACGUGCUUUGGUCACUGUCACACUCAAUGUAAUUGAAGUUGGGUUCAAGAAGAGCAAAGCGAUGCAGGAGGCACGAUUAGAACAACGAGAAAAAGCCGUUGCAGAUUUAAAGAAGACCCUGAGGACUCGAGUUGAAACCCAGAAAGAAGAAAGAAAAGACGGAGAAGUCGAUGAGAAAUUUUGGGAGCUGUUGUUGAGCGCUGAUAAGAAAGAUUAUGAACGCAUCUGCAGGGAAUACGGGGUGACGGACUUCCGCUGGAUGCUGAGAAAACUGAAUGAGAAGAAAAGGGAAAUUGAGGAGCAGCAGGCGCAGUUCAUCGAACACCUGAGCAACCUGAGACACAUUGAAAUCAAGACACCAGGAUGUGCCGAAUUCGAAUUUGAGAUGGACCUCAAAGAUCCUAAUGCCAAAAUCUUCCUUUUCAAGGAUGGUGUUAUGGUCCCAUUUAACACUGAAACAGAUGAGAAACAUUCUCUGCGUCAAGUUGGCAGAAAGUUCAUUUUUAGUGUUCAUGGCCUAAACCCAGAAGAUGCUGGACUGUACCAAGUCGAUAUUGAGGGGGUCAAUGUCUUUUCCACUGACUUCAAAAUUCCAAUGGUGGACUUCUUGGUAAAGAUUCAGGAAGUGAAAGCCAUAGAAAGAGAAGAUGCAAUUUUUGAGUGCGUCUUAUCUGCUCCGCUUCCGAAGAUCUCUUGGAUGGGAAAGAAUACCCAGCUGGUUCAUGGUGAAAAGUAUGACAUCAGUGUGUCUGAAGACAUGCUGAUUCACCGGCUGGUGGUGAAGGACUGCAUGCAGGUAGACAAAGGCAUCUACGCGGCCGUGGCCGGAAUGAAGUCCUGUAACGCCUGGCUCAUAGUGGACCAUCCAGGGGUUCACUUCACCAGUGGCCUGUCAGAUGUUCACGCCAUCAUUGGCCAAUCAGCUGAAAUGCAGUGUAAGCUGAGCCGUGACUGUGAUGGUGUUUGGUAUAAGGAUGGAAAAGAGAUAACGUCCACAGAUGAUCUGAAAAUGCACAAAGAUGGGGCCGUGCAUAAACUAAUCAUAACUAACUGCCAAGAAGAUGACAGUGGGAAGUAUCGCUUUGAGGCAGAUGGACGUAAAACGGAGGCGAUAAUGAUCGUGGAAGACCCACCAAGGUUGAACCAAGAUGACUUGGCCAAGUUCUCGGAGCCUGUGAUCAUCAAAGUCGGCCAAAACGCAACGUUCAAACUGGAGUUUGUUGGACGUGAACCAAUAAAAGUGCAGUGGUAUAAUGAGGGGGAGGAGCUUACUGAGGACAAUCACAUCCGGAUUGAAAAGUCUGCCAGUCACAGUCGCCUUCUUCUUGUGAAAUGUCAACGCAAAAACAGUGGAGAAAUAAAGCUCAAACUCAAGAAUGAAUUUGGAACUAUUGAAGCGUUUUCAAAACUUAUCGUUCUCGAUAAACCCACCAACCCAAUGGGGCCCAUUGAAGUAUUAGAAGCUUCAUCCUCCUGUGUGGAGUUCAAGUGGAGGUCCCCGAAGGAUAAUGGUGGUUCUCCUAUAACAAACUACAACUUGGAGCGUAACCAGAUUGGGAGGAACACCUGGGUGAAGCUUGGAAACAUCCCUGCAGAGCCCCAUUACAAGGACAACGAUGUGGAUCAUGGAAGAAAGUACUGCUAUCGCAUCAGGGCCAUAACUGCAGAGGGAAUCAGUGAUGUUUUUGAGACAGACGACAUACAGGCUGGUACCAAAGCAUAUCCUGGACCACCCUCCACACCCAAGGUGGUCAGUGCCUUCAAGGACCGCAUCAAUUUGACAUGGGUUGCUCCCACCAACACUGGAGGAACCAACAUUGUUGGCUACAAUUUGGAGAAACGCAAAAGGGGCAGCAACUUAUGGACUCAAGUGAACCUCCCAGACGAGCCAAUCAAAGGCAAACAGUAUGAAGUGAAGGAUGUUGUUGAAGGAAUGGAAUAUGAAUUCCGUGUGUCGGCCAUUAACUUCUCUGGCACCGGUGAACCAAGCUCACCCUCCGAAUUUGUGACUGCCAGAGAUCCUAAAAAACCCCCUGGUAAAGUCAUUGACCUGAAAGUGACAGAUUCCUCCUAUACCUCAUUGACUUUGAGUUGGACUAAACCGAAGGAAGAACAGGGGGUCCAGGAUGAAGCUAAGGGUUACUUUGUGGAAUUAAGACCAGCCGAAAACACAGAAUGGAGUCGUUGUAACUCCAACGUCCUCAUUACAACUUCAUAUACAAUUCUUGGUCUUAAAUCAAUGGCCAUGUAUUGGGUACGAGUGGUUGCAACCAAUGAAGGAGGAGAUGGUCAACCACAGGAUUUGGACAACUACAUCAUUGCCAUGCCCCCACCUGUAAGGCCGAAAUUCACUGAUCGAAAAAUGAAAAGCUUUAUGGUCGUAAGAGCUGAAAAUUCUGCUCGGAUCAACAUAAACUUUGAGGCAUCCCCUAUGCCAACUAUAAUCUGGCAGAAAGAUGGUAUGCCCGUGUCCAAACGUGUAACUGUGAGCAACACCGACGGGUCGACCCAGCUCUUGAUUGCAUCUGCUGAACGCUCAGAUACAGGGAUCUACACCGUAAUUGUCAAGAACAUUGUGGGUCAGGAGACGUUCAGCGUUGAGAUUAGAGUUACAGAUGAUCCCAAGCCACCUGGUCCACUAGAGCUGGAAGAAAACGUCCCUGGCACAUUGACAGUUUCGUGGGAUGCUUCUCCUGAUGAGAAACGUGAUAAUCACCUGCAUUACAUGGUGAUGAAACGGGACUCCGUCAAACGCACCUGGCACACGGUGGCAGAUCGCCUAUUUAACAACAACUUCACUGCGGUUAACAUCAUGCCAGGAAGGGAGUAUAACUUCCGCGUGUAUGCCAAAAACGACAUAGGCCUUUCUGAACCAUCCGAGUCCCAAACUUGGGGCGUUGUGAGGAAAAGAGAAAAGUUCAUUCUGAACCGGACGCCAUCCAAAACCUGCAACUUUGAAUCUGCCCCCAUAUUCACCGUUCCCCUGAAGACCCACACUACCCCGGAAAAAUAUGAGUGCUAUAUGAGCUGCGCGGUGAAAGGCGACCCCGCUCCCCGUGUCACCUGGUACCGAAACAACAUUAGUCUCAAUGCAAAUGACAACUACUACAUCACCAACACCUGUGGCGUCUGUUCCAUGCUCAUCUUGACAGUCGGUCCCAAAGAUAACGGAGAGUACAAAGUCGUGGCGGAAAAUCAUUUAGGCCAAGCGGAGUGCGUCACACAGCUGACAAUCUUAGAAUGAAGACUCGUGCGACUCAUCUUUAAUUUAAAAUAUCAACACUGAAAACCACAAGCAAGCUGAAAGAGUUUAUACAGCUUUUGGUAAUUGAUUUAUUAUGUAUGUAUAUGUAUAUUGCUGUCAAACUGAUAAUUUAUCAAAUUAUUACACAAAUAAUUAUUUUUCAACCAUUUCAACUAUUAAAUUGUCAUCUAUU